AUGGGAGUUCAUCUGAACGGAAGAUAUAUUCUACUGGUCCUUGCUGUGCAGCUAGCUUACCUGGUGCAGGCGGUGAAGGCAGCAGGCAAGUGUGAUGCGGUCUUUAAGGGCUUCUCAAAGUGUAUGCUCACGAUGGGCGAUCAGAUCGAAGCCUACUCGCAGGGCGUGGACGAAGAGAAAAACCUCAACACCAUUUGCUCAUACUGGAAUGAAUUUCACGGCUGUGCUGUCACAGUGCUCGCAGAUUGUCAUGAAGGGGCGGCAGACAUGUGGGAGAAACUGAAAAAGGAUUCCAAAAAACUCAACAUUGAAGGCAGCUUGUUCCAAAUGUGUGGUGGAUCUAAUGGAUCAGCCAGCCCCAGACCUGUCCACAUUGCCAUCCUGCCUUUGCUCAUGGUGUCUCUCUCCGCCCUACUUACCUGGAUCUUCUAG